AAGACGGAUAGAUGAGCAACGUUUGCUACAGUCCACCGGGUAGGCUGGUAGACUGAUCUAUCCAGUGCACAUCUAUGUGGACACGCCCACGAAGGAUGUCAGAGGCAUUUUUCCAAAGGGCUUGUAACGGCUGAUCCACUCACACCUGGUGGUAUAAUCUGCCACCUUUAAGGAGUAGGUUAGGGUUAGUGUUGUCGUGCUCAAGGUUGCCUACAGGUAGACUAUAGAUAUUGGGAAUCUAACCCAGAACCUUCCAUUCCUACAAAUAAUUGAUGACUUCUUUGAAAUUGGCCUACAUCUUUGAUAAUGUGUAUUCAGUCAGUCAAUAUUCACGAAGAAUUUGUCUUUGUGAAAAAGUAAUUUAUUUGUUAUAGUUAUAUUAUAUUUAUAUGUCUGUCCAUAUUGCUAAUUUUCUUGGCUAAAGGAUAGAGCGAUACAGCGUUAAUGCAUGGUAAUAUCCGCUUUCUCACUGGGACAAUCCGUCGGCCAUGAGAACACACUAUAAUUGGUUCUGAGUGCUGGUCAAGACCGGAUGCUCAUCAGUAACUACUCAUAGCAAUACAAAUCGUACUGACUUUAAUUUAUUGAGGUUUUAUUUUGAUUUUUGAGCGCCUUUUCGGUUGAUUGUUUGAGGGACCUGCACCUGCUGUUUACACUGCACAAGGAACAAGGGGGUCGAUUGGUAGAUUGUGUGUAUUUAAACGAUGCUACUGCCCAGUUUGACCAAGAAACUGCUUUAGGUGCUUUAAGAAAUGCCCCUUAACCCACUUUGAAAUCAUUGAGCAUCAAUGGAACAGGGUUUUCAUCUUAAAGUGACAACAGAAGUAGUGCUUUCUGGUUCUUUGAUAAUGUGUAUUAUUCACUCAGUCCAUUUUCAGUAUUUAUCUUUACAUGUAUGCAAUUGAGAAACCUCCAUUAUACAACCUUUUGAGAUGUGUGUGAUAACAAUAAUUCACAUACAUGUUCUCAUCAGAAUCCAUUUGUUUGAGGUUCAGUCCAGACAUUUGUGGUCUUGCUGUUACGUUGCUGUACCUUAUGUUCAAAUGUCUUAUAACAAAUUGGUUUAUGCUUUUAUAGUUUCCUUCAAAUUAUGAAAUGACUAUUUUUCUAUUUCACAUCUCUUGUUUUUGUAAAACAUCAUAGAAUGUCUUAUUUAUUGAAUUUCAUUGUUUAUUAAAGAAUAUACACGGAAUGCUGGUUCUAAUUGAAAUGCAGAUCGCGGCCACCAGAUGGCGCUGUUGACAUCGCUGAAAGGGAACUUUCUGGUGCACGAUAAAUGAGAAAUUGUUCGCCAUUCAUAGACAUUCCACUUGCUUGCGAUCCCUAGUUUUUAUUCAUGAGCUCCAUCGGCGUGAUCUCAUCACGACUUGCAAAUUUGAAGACAAGGAGUCCACACACUGUCCUCAUUGGUAAUCCUGCUUUUAGUCUAAGCCUCGGGAUUGAGAUCUAAAACGAUUAAAAACUUCGAGAUUCGAAGAGCGAUCAUUUACCACAAAAACUAGUUUCGAUUCACACACUUUAAAGGACCUCUUAUCUAGUCGAGCGUAUCUGUUAUAUUAUGUUUUGGUUAGGAGCGUCGACCGUUUCCACUGGCAACAGGACUCCUGCUCUGAACCAGACACUCAACUCCGACAACUCUGGAUGCGGGGCUUCCCACUUUUUGGAAAAAGUUUAAUCGAAUUUAAUCGAACUCGAUUUGACUAGUUAGGGACUACAAGUUACGCAACCGCGAACAAUUAUCCAUGGAAUCAAGUGUGCUUAUUGUGAAUGUGGCGGUGUUGUGGUCGCGGUUGCUGUGUAGUGGGGCUAUUGAGUUACACUGAUGGGGCUAUGGUUUUGAGUUGCUGUUAUGUUGCGUAUGGCAUUCACUAUCCGAUGUUGGGCCGCUGUAACCAGCGAGAACCCUGUUAAACAUCUUAUUUGAUGUGAGGUAUGAGCGCAAUUAGAUGAUAGUCGAUGUAUGCUUUAAGUGCAUGAAUCGCACCGCCAAGACGCACACCCGAAACAAGCAGAGGUCAACGACAAUGGAUCCCCGAUGUUAGCCUCACUCUAAAGAUUUGGAGAGGGAGAGAAAAAAAGAGAGAGAGAGACAUUGACCACGUGAGGGGGCUCACUGCUCCAUCAUGGCCGCGGUGGUUCCUCCUAGAAAUGGGGUGUCUGCGCUGUGCAGGGACGGGGACCAGCUCCUCGGGUCGGGCCGUGUGGCCGAGGCCACCAUCCGCUACACCUCCGCCUUCAAGACCCACGCCUCCUCCACCGUGGCCCACAUGCGGACCCUGGAGAAACCGGGCUUGGCGGCGGUGGUCUCCACCCUGGAGGGCUGGCUGGACGGCCGGGGAGACCCCCCUCCCGACGGGAGCGGGUCCCCGGCCGGUAAGGGUCUGGCGGCCGUGUUCCUGUCCACGCUCAGCCCCAACAACCUGUCCGCCACCAUCUUCAAGAUGGAGUCCCUCCUCCAGAGCGGGGGUCACGGCUGCGACGAGAUCUACGCCCGCUGCACCGCCCUGCUCGCGGGCCGGCGGAGCCCCCGUCCGGAGGGCGGUGCCCGGGCGCUGCUGGGGCUGACCCGCGCCCUGGCCUCCCUUCGCUCUGACCCGCAGGACGCCCGCUGGCUCCGCCUCUACCUCCAGGCCCACGGGGAGAACCCGUCGGAGGCGGUGGCGCUGGUCAGGCGGCGCCAGGCCCACCACCUCCCCAGGAUCGUGGAGGCCUUCGGCGGCGUUCUCUCCCGGCGGUACGCGUCCUCCGUCGGGCCUGACGGAGACGGGUCUACGCCGGGGGCCGGCGAGGACCACCACGGUGACCUGGACGCCGCCGACCUGUCCAAGUUCCUCCACUUCCUGCUGGCGGUUACCCCCGGCGACAGAGCGGUGCUGGAGCAGCAGGCCUCCCAUCUGUUGUUCACGGGUCUGUACGCCGAGAGCGCCGAGGCGUACUCCGCCCUCUUGGACGGCGUGCCCGCGGAGCCAAAGGACGCGGGUUCGACCCCCGAGGGGAGCGAGGCGGGACCCGACGCCGAGACGCAGGCCAGGCUCUUCACGGGUCGGGCGGCGGCCCGCUUCUCGGCGGGGGGCCGGGCGGCGGAGGCGUGCGGCGACCUGGGCGCGGCCUUCGAGCUCCACCCGGCCUCCGCCCGCCGACACUUCCGCAAGUCCUUCGCCGGGGGGGGGGGCGGCGCCGGCCUGGCCGCCCGCCAGCACCUCCGCCAGCAGGCGGACCGGGGGCUGCUGGCCUACCGGGAGAGGGUCCUGCUCCGGGCGGACCUGCGCUCGGACGAGGGCGCCGACCUGCUGGACCCCGCCGUCACCCACCUCCGGACCCUGUGCCGGCUGGAGCCCGGCGGCGGCGAGCGGGAGCUGCGCGUGCGCCUGGCCGAGUGCCUCCUGCUCCGGGGGGAGCACCGGGAGGCGCUGUCCAUCUGCAGCCAGCUGGCGGCCCCGGCCCCCCCCGGCGGCGCCCCCCACAGCUACCACAACACGGUGCGCGUGCUGCGCGGCUACGCCAGGGUGCUGGCGGACGACCACCAGGGGGCGACGGAGGACUUCCAGGCGGUGAUCGAGCACGGCGCCCCGCACCCGUGCAGCUGCGUGCGGGCGCUGUGCGGCCGGGGGCUGCUGCGCAUGGCGGGGGGCCGCCGCUACCUGGCGGCGCUGGACUACGUGACGGCCAGCCGGCUGCAGCCCCAGGAGGCGGGGCUGACGCUGCGCUGCCUGGUGCCCUGGAACAGCCGGGGGCUGCUGCUGGCGCUGCUGCUGGAGCAGGGGAGGGUGAUGCUGGAGGGCCGGGGGGGCGGCAGCGGGCCCCGGGGGGAGAGCCUGCAGCCCGGCAAGCUCCUGAAGGAGGGGGAGCCUCCUCCACUCAUACGGGCCCCCACCAAGAGAGACGAGCACAGAGAAGGCACCCCGGGCGGCGUCCACUGUCUGGCUGUGCUGCUGAUGGAGCUGCAGCCCGGGGCGGACGGGCCCCAGAUCCUGGCGGCGGACGCCCUGUACCAGCUGGGCCGCGCGGAGGAGGCCCACCGGCUGCUGCUGCUGGCCCUGGGGACGGCGGCGGCCCCCAGGGGCCCGGUCCUGGCCCGCCUGGCCCUGCUGCAGCUGAACAGGGGCUUCAUGUACGACGCCAACCAGCUGCUGAAGAAGCUGAUCCAGUGUGGGGACACCAGCUGCCUGCGGCCCCUGCUGGCGCUGGCACGCCCCAAAGACAAGGAGCUGCUGCAGGCCCACUGCCACACCGCCUCCCAGCGCGUCUUGGGGGUUCUCCGUGAGGCCGUCGCCUAUCUCUCCAUCGCCAUCAUGGCCUCCGGGGGGGCGGCGGCCGACUCUCUGCUGGAGAGAGCCCGCUGUUACGCUCUGCUCGGCCAGCGAAAGACGGCCAUCUACGACUUCAGCGCCAUCCUCAAGGAGCGCCCGGACCACGUGCACGCCCUCUGUGGGCGGGGCUUCACCUACCUGACCCUGGACCAGCGAAAGGAGUGCACUGAAGACAUCCUGUCAGCCCUCCGGCUCAACGUCGACACCGUCACCAAAGACAUCCUGUCGCUGAAGGACAAGGCCCGGACACUGGUCUGUGAUUGGUUGGAGCAGUACUGCCGGACCAAUCAGCUGCAGAGCUUGGUCGCCAAGGCGGUGCCCUGCCAGGAGGAUCAGCUGAGGGAGGCCUUCUUGAUCAGCGGAGCUCUGCUGAGGGUGGACUGCAGGAACCCCAGGUGGCACCUCCUCUACGUUGAUGCACUCCUAGCCAAAGGUAAGUGGAGCUCUCGGCCUCCAUGUGAGGUGAAGGCGGCGGGAGCUCACCUGAGCCAGGUGUUUGGCCAGGAGCCGCGGGAGGCCGUGGCCCAGGCCCGGCAGGGCGUGGUGGAGGCGUGGCAGCAGGACUACCAGGGCGCGGCCCAGCGGCUCAGCACACUGGCCGAGAAAGACCCCUCCAUCCUGGGCUUCCUGCUCAGCCUGCUCCCCCUCAGCCACAGGAGACGCGUGACGCAGGCUGCUGCUCAGGAGGCCGGCCGUCUGUCCUCCGCUGGCAGCUGGUCCAGCACCCUCCCCCUGCUGACCGUGGCGGUCCAGGCCGCCGCCGCCGCCGGCCCCCGGAGGCUCCAGUACCUGCGGCAGCGGGCCGCCUGCCUGGCCCGGCUGGGCCUCCACGAGCGCGCCGUGGCCGACCUGGACGGCGUGAUCCGUAGCCACGCCGACGGCUCCGGAGCCCCGAAGGCGGCAGCGGCGACGGAGGAGGGGGAGGGGGAGGAGGAGAGGGGCGCCCGGGCGGAGGACCUCUGCAGGCGGGGCCACAGCCUCCUGCUGAGCCGCAGAGAGGGCCCCGCGCUGGACGACUUCUCCCGGGCGCUGGCGCUCCACCGGGCCCGGGCGGUGCGGUGCGCCGAGGCCGGCGUGGGCCGGGGCCCGCUGGGGGAGUGCUUCCUGCGGGGGGCGCUGCGGCGCUACGGGGAGCAGCGGCUCGGCGAGGCCUGGAGGCUGGUGGAGGACGGGCUGGUCCUGGACGGGGAAAACGCAGGGCUGCGGCGCCUCAGGGCCAGGGUGAAGCGGGAGGCGGGCAGCCCCUGUAACGUCAGCUAG